UGCAUUGUGGAAAGACAGCCUGGAUCUCUUUGGGAAGACUUACACAGGGAUACAGACAUGACCAGAAACAGUGAAAGGAUCAUUGAAGUAAUGGACAAAUAUUUUUCAGAGAGUGACAAGAUGGCCCCAGAAAAUAUGUUCUUUUCCUACAGAGGUAUUUUAUACCCCAUUACAGUUUGCAGCCCGGAGACUUUGGAAGCUCUGGAAUCCUUUGAAGCCAGAAGUGAUGAUGUGAUUCUUGUAGGCUAUCCUAAAUCAGGAACCAAUUGGCUUGAACAAAUGGUGAAAGAGUUGGCAGAUGCCAAAUAUACAGAAGAGGAAAUGAAAGAGAGAAUAAAUGCUGAAAAGAAGCUAGAGACAUUUCAGCGUCUAGAAUUUGGGGAUCCUGGGAUAUAUGAGAGGAUGAAGCAGCUUCCUUCAAGAAGAAUUAUAGUAACUCAUUUGAAACCUGAUCUCCUGCCUCCAUCCAUUUUCCAAAGCAAGGCUAAGAUCCUUGUGCUAGUUCGGAACCCCAAGGACACAGCUGUCUCCUACUACCAUUUCUGCAACAACCUACCACUGCUGCCGUCCUUUGCCUCCUGGGAUGAGUACUUUGCAGACUUCAUGAAUGGAAAAUUGGCCUGGGGAUCCUACUUUGACCACCUAGUGGAAUGGAACAAAUACAUUGACAAUGAGAACAUCAUGACAAUAAGCUACGAGGAACUCAAAGAGGACCCAAUACUGGGGAUGAAAAAGAUUGCUUCUUUCUUUGGAUUUUCUCUGUGUGAGGAAGAUUUUUCCAGAAUUGCCAAGAAGACCAGUUUCAAAGCUAUGAAAGAGAAAUCAAAUGAAACCCAUGGAAAGUUUGGGGACGCCCUCUUCCGGAAAGGGGUUGUUGGAAACUGGAGAGACGUCUUCUCUAAAGCUCAGAAUGAAGAAAUGUACCGUAAAUUUCAAGAUUCCCUAGGAGGAACAAAGAUGGCAGCAAAGAUAAAAUAUGAUGUCUACUGCAAGGACUGAAAAUAAGCAGAUGAAUAGCAUGACAGCAAGUCAUGUUCCAAAGGUGAUUCUCCAAAGAUGGAUAGUCCCCAUUUUUCCUUCCCAUGAGACAAGAGAGAAACCCCUCUGAGAACUACCUGCACCUCCAAGGAUUUGGCCUGUAAUUCUUAGGUGUGUCCAGGGUCUAGAGCUUGUGCUUUGAUUGAUGUAACCAAAUAAAAGGUGUGUAUACCUCAAGUGAAUGCCUGGCAUCCUUUCAGGAGGGAGAUGAUACACAGACAUCAUAGCACCAGUCUGGAGACAUCCCUGUCUCUGCUUCUUGGCCUUAAAUGAUGAAUGAGACCCCUGCAGGAUUUGUUGGUGAGACAGAGGGAUCAACACAGAGCCUCUCCUCUGGCACAGAGU